AUGUGGCGCAGGCUUUACCUUUGUCUCGUGUUGGUGAGGCUGUACUUCGCCUUGUCGCCGAGCUACAUCCAUCCCGAUGAACACUUUCAAGGGCCAGAGAUCAUUGCUGGCGAGGUGUUUGGAUAUCCAUCGUACAAGACUUGGGAGUUCACUUCAUCACAACCCAUUCGAAGCAUCUUCCCCUUCUGGCUGAUAUACGGCUGGCCUUUGACUGUUCUAAAAUGGAUCUGGGAAGGCCUCGGCUAUGGACCUGUACCACCCUCAAUCGCUUUCUACACCCUCCGCCUCUUAAUGUUUCUUCUCAGCUUCAUCCUCGGAGACUGGGCCAUUCAUGAGCUUAUACCUGCCAUCAACCAACGACGAACUGCCAUCAUCUUGGUGGCCUCCUCAUACGUGACUUGGACCUUCCAAACCCACACGUUCUCCAACAGCAUUGAGACGCUGGUCGUUCUCUGGUCACUCGUUCUUAUCAUCCGACUCCGCGAUAACAUUCAAGAUACCCAAGCCAGCGCUUCUGGCGUUCUGGCCUUCCUAGGAGUACUCGGCGUCUUCAACCGCAUCACCUUUCCCGCCUUUCUUGUGAUACCCCUGGCCCAGAUCGUUCCUGGCCUCUACUACAAACCGCUUCGCAUUCCAGUGAUGCUCUUCGUUGGCUUGUUUACGUUGGCUGUGGCAAUCACGAUGGACACCGAAUACUACUCUGGACGUCGACCACAUCUCAGAGGAUUUCACAAUGACGCUGUCAUUACGCCAUGGAACAACCUGGUUUACAAUGCCGACGAGUCGAAUCUGGCCAAGCAUGGAUUGCAUCCAUUCUGGCAACACUUCGUUGCCAACCUGCCACAACUCAUCGGGCCAGCAAUACCUCUUCUCUUCUUCUCAAGCACGAAGAACACCCUCUUCUGGUCUGGGGUAGGGGGAAUAGCAAUCAUAUCUGCUUUCCGCCACCAAGAGCCUCGAUUCUUGCUGCCUGCAGUUCCGCUGCUGCUCUCGAGCAUCAAGGUCCCGCGACGAGGAGCUCGAUGGUGGGCUGGUCUUUGGGUCCUAUUCAACGUCCUUGCUGGCACACUCUUUGGUGUAUAUCAUCAAGGAGGUGCUGUUCCGUCCCAGACAUGGAUCUCGCAACAACACAACAUCGAAAGCGUAGUCUGGUGGAAGACCUACAGCCCGCCAAGAUGGUUGUUGGACGGCAAGAAUCACGAGGUGACCACGACAGACCUGAUGGGAAUGCCUGGUCAGCACAUGAUUGCCCAGCUCGAGGAGUCUGCAGCUUGUGAGAGUGCUGCCAAUGGCACCUUGCUGGUAGCGCCUUCGAGUGCCACGUUUCUGGAUGCUUUUACUGGCGACGCAACACAGCACAGCGAGAUCGUCUUCACGCGUCAGUGGCAGUACAGCCGGCACAUUGGACUGGAUGAUCUGGACUUUGGAGAUGAUGGGGUCUGGCCAACCCUGCAACGAGUAAUUGGCAGGCGCGGGCUUACAAUAUGGCGGGUCAGUAGACAAUGCUAA